AGCUGAUACACAUUUAUCCCGAUAGUGCAUUUUGGAACGGUUUAAGGUUUGUUUUUAAUUAGAUCGAAGGACGAAAAUUUUAAAGGCUUAUUAAACAUAAAUUAACAUAAAUGCCCACCCGACCAUAUAAACAAAAUGUUCAGGCUGAAAGCCUGAAGAACAUAGCACAGAACAAUAAGACUGCAACAAGUAAUUUAUCACAAGAACGAGAACGCUCAACCAAAUCUGCUGCCGUCGAUGCCCUAGAUAGACUGCUACUGUAUAGUUCCGAUGAACUGAAGCUACGAGAAAGGCAUUGUCUUUUUCCUGCUUUCAAUGUGGGCCAAACGCCAUUAAAUGACCUUAGUGAAUUAAGCCUGCAUCUGAAAUGCAAAGUUUCAGUGCCAAGUGCAGUAUAUAUAGCUGACAAGCACUGUGAGCGUGUGGAUAUAUGCCAUCGACGCACAAUGGCACGGGAGAUUUACAGAAAACGUUUGCAUAUUUCUCGGACACGCUACCAGACGGGUCAGAAAAAUAAAAAAUUAAAAACCAAUGAAAAAGAAGGAAGCUUUCAUACAUCCUUUUUCGACUUGGCCCGACGCUUAGAUUGUGAUCCCGAUCCGUAUUUUCAUGGAAGCUACGAUUACUACUAUUCUGGAGGAAAUCUUUGUAUAUUGGACGACGGUGAACAUGUGUUACAUGUAGAUAAUAACAAAUUAAAUAAUUUGAAUGUUGGAAUUUUGCCAAAAUUUAAGAGCUUUGCUGGCAGUUUUUUAGAUCCUAUAUGCUCACAACAGGUAGACACAGAAGAAGAAAUUUUUGAGGUGCGCGCCAUACAGAGCCUACGAAAAGAUUGCCCAAACUCAUUUGCUGUGCGGCAACGAAACAUGAUAACGUUAUAUAAAUUUCUUCCCACAGGAUCAGCCAAAGCACUAACACGUUUUAAAACUAGUUGCACGCCUUUCAUUAGCUUUGCACAGUCGCCUAUUGAUUACAGUACCUUCAUAAUUACCACAAUGAAGCAAAGGAUUCGGGUGUAUGACAUUAAUGCGUCUACACCUAUACUUUCGGCCACCCAUAAUGUAUGUAAAACAGAAGAUAUCAUGAGGGCGAGUUGGAACAUGAUAAGACCUUGGCAGGGUCAGACAUUUUUGUAUGCCAACGAAAAGAAAUUAUUCAUGUUAGAUACACGAACCUGUCCAGAGCAAUGGUUGAAAAGUAGCUGUGGCUAUGCCACUCAGGAUUAUAAAUGUGAUUUUAUAUCAUCAAUUGCCAAAAGUGAAUUUAGAGACUUGGCAUAUGUAGCGACAAACCAUAAGUUGCACUGCUUAGACUUACGUUACUUAGGAGGCGAUAUUGAAUCGGGAGAUGGUGCAUUAUGUCGCUGGACUCAUCAGCUACAAUAUGCCCCUGCUUUUAUUGAUAAUUUCCGCUUUGGUGGCGUAGAAUUUAUUGCUCUUAGUA